AUGGAAGACCAAAAGAACAAAGAAAACAAAGACCGAGCAACAAAACCAACGAAAAACGACGACAAAAACGAAGUUGAACGGCGGCAAUGGAAAACCAAAUAUGACGACUCAACGAUUCGAAUCCGCCUCGAGAAAUCGCUUUACGACAAACUUAUCACAAUUAAGGAGGUAAACACAAACCAACGCCUUUCCCUCAACAAAAUCAUUAAUCAACUCUACGACAGUUUUAUAGCAAGAAACCCGCAAUACGCUCCUUCGAAAAGCGACUUAUCGGAAGAGGACAAACAGAUUAAGUCCGACUUUGACGAGAAAAAGGAAUAA